AUGCCCGAGUUUACCAAAGAAGCCGGUAUUGCAUUUGCCCUCACGUGGGCCGCGGCGGCCGCGACCUGUGUCGGCGGUCUCAUCAUCUUCAGCGCGUCCAUGGUCAAGAUGGCCAACGCCAAGAACCUCUCGAUCGCGCUUGCGCUCGCCGGUGGUGUCAUGCUCUUCAUCUCGCUUGUCGAAAUCUUUGGCAAGUCGGUCGAGCAGUUCAAGCUUGGCUCCGCCGAUGAAGCUGGCGAGUGCGACACAACGUGCGAAGGCAACGCGUGGGUCUACACCGACAUUUGCUUCGCCAUUGGCGCUGCCAUCAUCUUCCUUCUCGAUGCGAUCGUGCACCGCCUCUCGCCCGACCUCAAGGACGAAGUUGUUGACGGCCACGCUCGUCUUGUGACGCCGCGAGGUGACGACAAGGACACGCUUGCUGGCAAAGACAAGGCAGCCAUGAACCGCACGGGUGUCCUCACGGCGAUCGCACUUGCGCUCCACAACCUUCCGGAAGGCGUGGCCACGUACACGGCGGCGGUCCGCGACCUCAAGGUCGGUGCCACGCUGGCCAUUGGUAUUGCGCUGCACAACCUCCCGGAAGGCAUUGCUGUCGCGACGCCCGUCUACUUUGCGACUGGCAGCCGCUGGAAGGCGUUCUUCUGGGCCUGCGGCUCGUCGCUCGCCGAGCCGCUCGGCGCGAUCCUCGCCUUCUUUAUCCUCGGUGACGGCCUCAACCCGAAUGUCGAGGGUAUCAUGUUUGGCCUUGUCACGGGUAUGAUGGUGACGCUCUCGAUCAAGGAGCUGAUUCCGUCGGCCGUCAAGUUCUGCCCCGAUGGCCACGCCGUCUCGAUCGCGAUCCUCGGCGGCAUGGGACUCAUGUCGUUGAGUCUCAUCCUCUUUGCGUACGUCGGUGUCUAA